CCUCUCUGUGUUGUUUCCGCAUAAUUAGAAGGAAUCACCGCCCAACCCGAUUCCAGCUUGGCUGCGUUGUUUGGGGACAGUCCGAAGAUGGCGACGGCCCAGCUGUAUUGCGUCUGCCGGCAGCCGUACGAUGUGAGCCGGUUUAUGAUAGAAUGCGAUAUUUGUAAGGACUGGUUUCACGGCAGCUGUGUUGAGGUAGAAGAGCACCAUGCUGUGGACAUAGACGUUUACCACUGUCCCAGCUGUGACGUCCACCAUGGACCAUCUCUGAUGAAGAAGCGAAGAAACUGGCACAGACACGACUACACCGAGCCAGAUGACGGCAGUAAGCCAGUGCAGGCUGGCACCUCUGUGUUUGUGCGGGAGCUGCAGACAAGGACCUUCCCCAAUGGAGAUGAGAUCUUGCAGCCAAUGCAGGGCAGUCAGGUCACCCAGAGGUAUCUGGAAAGGCAUGGCUUCCGCUAUCCCAUCGCUGUACACAAAAUGGAAGGGCUCGGCCUCUGCUUACCUCCACCAGAUUUCUCCGUCAAGGAUGUCGAGCGCUAUGUCGGAGGCGACAAAGUGAUUGAUGUCAUCGAUGUGGCCAGGCAAGCAGACAGCAAGAUGAAACUGAGUGCAUUUGUGAAGUAUUACUACAGCCCUCAGCGGCCCAAAGUCCUCAACGUCAUCAGUCUGGAGUUUUCAGACACCAAGAUGUCAGAGCUGGUGGUGGUCCCUGAUAUCGCUCAGAAGAUGUCUUGGGUGGAGAACUACUGGCCUGAUGACUCUUACUUUCCCAAACCCUUUGUGCAGAAGUACUGCUUAAUGGGCGUGAAGGACAGUUAUACCGACUUCCAUAUUGAUUUUGGGGGCACAUCUGUGUGGUACCAUGUCCUGUGGGGGGAGAAGAUUUUUUACUUGAUAAAACCCACCCCAGCCAACCUUGCACUAUAUGAGGAGUGGAGCUCAUCUCCAACCCAGAGUGAAGUGUUUUUCGGGAAGAAAGUGGACAAGUGCUACAAGUGUGUCGUGCAGCAGGGAACAACACUUCUGAUCCCUACAGGAUGGAUCCAUGCUGUUCUCACCUCUCAGGAUUGCAUGGCUUUCGGAGGAAACUUCCUCCACAACCUCAACAUAGGCAUGCAGCUCAGGUGCUAUGAGAUGGAGCGCCGUCUGAAGACUCCAGACCUCUUUAAGUUUCCUUAUUUUGAGGCUAUUUGUUGGUAUGUAGCAAAGAAUCUGCUGGAGACUCUCAAAGAAUCCCGAGAAGAUAACUGCCUGCCUCCAGAAUACCUGAUCAAGGGAGUGAAAGCUUUGAUUACUGCACUGAGGAACUGGCUAAAGAGAGAGGUCACCGAGCCAGCCAGCGAGGUCCCUGACCAUAUCAGACCCAACCAUCUCAUUAAAAUGCUCACCAAGGAAAUACAGUACCUUGAGGAUUAUCAGAAUGGGAACUGUGGAAGCAAGCUAAUGAAAUCUCAUGGAAUCUCUGCGUGUCCUUCCACGAGGUCGGCACACGAGAGAGGUUCUCACGCAUGCAGGACAGCCAGACGUCUUCGUGACCACCACCAUCAUCACCAUCAUCACUCUCACGGCCCUAAAGUUCCUUCUAACCUCGACAUCUUCGAGCAGCACACCCAGGAAGUCUUAAAAAAACUUGAAAUGGGUACUUAUGAGGAGGAUGCCUCCUUUAACCUGACGGUCAAUGGCAAGUUCAACAAGGUCUCCACGGCCUCAGCUGCAGUGGCGGAGCGGAGCUUGGACAACAAACUGCGUCUGGUGCUGUGCAAUGGACAUAUAGUCAGAGAUAACAGGCAGCAUGCUGGAGAAAAAAGACCAAGGAUAAAAGAAGACGAAGGCUCCAGAGAUGUGAAGAUGGAUUUACUCAAGAUUAAACUAGUAUCUAAAGAGGAAGAACAGGAAGUGGAUAUUGAAAUGAAAGAGAGAGAUCAGCAUCAUGUAGCCAGAGAAGUGAAUUCCUUUGCAGAUCUUAAUAAGCAAGAGAGUUCAGAUCUCAGGAACAGAGAAUCGGUACUUUCAGACAUCUCAUCGGACUCUGAAUUAGAUGAGGACUACACUACACGGAAAAAGAACUGCUCUGAGGGAGAAUCUGAAAGCUCUUCAGAGGAAGAGGAAGAUGAAAAGAUUAGGACGAGUGGAGACGGCCAAAGUAAGACCAAAAGUUGCUCCAGCUACAUGACGGAUACGCAUCGAUCCAGGCAAAAGCUUGACCCUUUUGAAAAAUGUGGUAAAAGUGAAUACGCUACCUCGCCAAGCACAGAAGUGGAUGCUAUCCAGGGAAUGCUGUCUAUGGCAGGGCUGUUGUAUUCUCACCCAUCAGAAGAUCCCAGAAGUUCACAAGAAUCCUGGUGGUCUCGAACCAACCAUCCCUCCCCUGACUACAGUAGAAAGGAGGCUGCAUCAGGAGAGGAGAACCAGGAUUCAGACAGCAAUUCAUCACAGGAGGGCUUUCGGGAGCAUGAUUCAAAAGGAGGAUGUCCUGCCAAACUCAAGCAUAGGAUCCAGGAACACAAGAACUUCAUGGACAGCCAGGGCAGCGGCAGCAACAGCAGCAGUGAAGCUUGGAGCAGUCACACACACUCCCCAGCCCACGGGGAAAGCCCCACUUUGGCCUACCAAUACUGUGAAACAUCCCUAUUGCCACCUCUGCACCCAUCCAAGAGGCCUGCUUCAAAUCCCCCACCAAUCAGCAAUCAAGCCACCAAAGGUAAACGUCCUAAGAAAGGUAUGGCCACAGCGAAGCAGCGAUUGGGCAAGAUUCUCAAAUUGAGCAGACACAAACCUUUCUUUGUGUAGUUCCAGUGAUGGCAGUCGCCGCCUGCAGAAGAUUGGGAUGCUGUGUGUGCAUGUUAAAGGUGACAGGGUAUAAAGUGUGUUUGAUUCAACACACUGGCUCAAAAGCUUUGGAUUAAUCUGAAUAACCACUUCAUCCAACACAUUUUGCUAAUAUGCAUCCAAACUAACAAGGCGACUGAAAGGAAAUAAGACUGAAAACAUCACUUUUGAAGGCUUUCGGUUCUCAACGAUGGCAUCCAAAAUCAGGUUUACUCUACAAAAGCGAAGACUAGAAUGUUGCCAGGCUGCUUCCUAAACUAAACUACAUAAUAACUAAAAUAAACUAAAAACACGUCACUUCGAGGAUGUGCAUCUUAAGCAAGACGGCAAUUGAGUGAUGAACUGAUUUCAUAAAGGUGCUUUACUUUUUUGGGCUGCUCAUUUUGUGAUUGCAACCAACUUUUCCUAGCAAAUUACUCCAGUGAAGAAAAAUAGCAUUAAUGUCUCAAGACAAAAUUCACCCAGGAUGACUGGUUGAACUACCUUUCAAUCAAAAUGUUCUCACAUUUUGAGAGAAAUUAAAGAAAAAAAAUGUAUUUUUGUCAACAUUUGUAUUCAUCUUGUCAUUUUAAAAUCGCUCGCUAAGGAGCACUGGGUAGUUUAGUUAUAUUUGGUCCUCUGUUGCCGCCUAGUGGGCAUCCGGAGACUGACUUUAAAUGGUACUUGAAGGUAUCAUUCAAAUGAGGCAAGAGACAUUUUCCCUUAAUUUAUUUCUUUAUCUUGGUGCUUUAUUUUUAUUUUCUAUACUGUUAUUAAAUUACAUAUUUAUUACUGAUGAAAGAGAACAAUUUAUUUCAUUGAGCAUUUAGGAGGUUGUCAGUAACAACAUACGUGUUGUGUAAUAAGAAGCUAAUAUAUAAUCAAAAUACCUGCCCAAAUUGUCCCAUUAUGUUAAAAUCUUUCAUUUUUACCUCGCAGUGUAUUUGAAAAAAAAAAAAAAAGA